AUGGUCAAAUCAAUCACUGCACAAGAGCUACGCCGCCAUUGGGUUCUCCGCAAGGAGAUAGUCCUUCUCGACGUACGUGAAGAAGGACCAUAUGCCGAAUCACAUCCUCUAUUUGCAAUAAGUGUCCCAGUCUCGGAAAUCGAGACAAAGCUGCCCGCACUUGUUCCCCGAAUAUCAGCACCAAUUGUCGUCUAUGAUGGCGGCGAAAACUAUGUUCAACGCGCAGCUGAACGGGUGUCAAAGCUAGGAUAUACCGACGUUUCCAUCCUAGAAGGUGGAAUUUCCAGCUAUGCUCUGGUAGGCGAGGUCUACCGAGAUGUCGGCGUACCUUCCAAAGCAUUCGGUGAGCUAGUCGAGUCAAUCAAUCACACUCCCUCUUUGUCUGCACGGGAAGUCAAAAAUGUGCUGGAUAGUAAUGAUGAUGUCGUUGUUCUGGAUGCACGCCGAUUUGAAGAAUUCAAUACAAUGAGCAUCCCUCGAGGUCGCAGCUGUCCAGGUGGAGAGUUGGUGUAUCGCGUGUUAGAGGCUGCGCCUUCCCCUGAGACGACAGUUAUCGUCAACUGUGCCGGUCGGACUCGAAGCAUUAUCGGGACACAGUCACUGGUCAACUCUCGGAUUCCAAAUAAAGUGCAUGCGCUUCGGAAUGGGACUAUUGGAUGGACACUGGAAGGUUUGCAGGUAGAUACGAAGAAGUCGGAGCGUGCGCCACGGCCUUCGCCUGAGACAUUAGAGCGAGCACGCAAAUCUGCCGAGUCCUGGGCUGAAUACGUUGGCGUCCCUUUGAUUAACGGCGAUCAGAUUGUCGAGCUCGUAUCCGGACAUGAGAGUCGGACCAUAUAUCUGCUAGAUGUGAGAGACCCGGAGGAGUAUGCUCUCGACCAUCCGGCUGGAUUCACCAAUGCCCCUGGUGGUCAAUUGGUACAGGCCACGGAAGAGUGGGUUGGUGUUCGAGGCGCUCAAAUAGUUCUGUACGACACAGAUGGCGUCAGGGCUCGGAUGACAGCGACCUGGCUUUUGCAACUGGGAUGGGAAGUCUAUGUAUUGCACGAACGAGCUACAAUCUCACAUGAUUUGGCCCUUCCAGGACGCGUGACAAAGACGAUAUUACAGAGCGCGCAGAGCGGGGCUAUCACUACUAACCAGCUUCGAGAUCUUUCAUCGGCGACUGUUGUGGAUCUUGCCCGUAGCCCAACCUACAGCAAAGGCCAUCUUCCUGGUGCAUUGUUCGCGUCUGGGCCUGAACUUGCUCGGGACUUGAGUGCGCUCGACGGUGACGGGCCCAUCGUGUUGACGUCUCCUGAUGGUGAUGUUGCCGCUGUGAAUCUGGAAUAUGCUCGAGAAUCAGUCACGCGACAGGUAUUUUAUCUGAAGGGAGGAACUGCAGCUUGGAAGGAAGCUGGAAAUCCACUGGAGACUGAGCUCCAUUGGCUUUCCGAGCCGAUUGAUGUGUACAAAAGGCCGUAUGAGGGGACGAAUAAUGCUCAAAAGGACAUGCAGGCCUAUCUUGACUGGGAGUAUGGGCUCGUUGCGCAGUUGGCUAAUGAUGGGAUUUCCUGCUUUCAUGUUGUACGUGAUAAGCGUGAUUCACCGACGUAA